UGCGGGUCUUCAGAAAGAAAUUGACGUUAGUAAUAAUGUCGGUGCAUGGUUCUGGAGGUCGCAGGACGGUAUUGGGAUCUUGCAAUAGACCCACAUACGCUUCCAUCUUGUCCAGACAGAGUGGGAAAUUUGACGAUAGUCGUUUCGAACCUCAACUCUUUAGCUCAAACAAAUUUGUAGAACCUUCCGAACUGUGUUCUGAUGCUAACACUGACUUUGGGAAAAGAAAAGAUGCUCCUCAAGAACAUACGAAUGCGAAGAACGUUCCCUCGAAAACUGAAUCUUCUGUAAACGAAUGUACGUAUACAAACAGGAGUGCCACUGAAGACACAGCGGCUGGAAUCCGUAACUCAGCGCUGUCUACGGAUGGUGGAACAAAAAAUUCAAACAAAAGGAAUGGAGAUGGUUGUCGAACCAAAGAUUUCGAAGCUGUCGUUUCUGAAGAAAAUGAAGCUAAUCUGCGGGAUAUACACAGCACAUCUCAGGAAACCGGUGAGAAGAAAAUGAAGCUGGAUCUCGGCGAAGAACUCGACAAUCGCCAGAUGAAAUCGGAUGCAGAAAUCGAAGUUGAUAUUGAUUCCAGACUUGGCAAAAUAGAACCCGAUCUAAAGCAAAACGUUGUGAACAAAGUUAGUGUGAAUGAUAAAACUGAACCUCCUACGAAUAUCGGUAGAGCGAAGGAAAACCUACAAGAUGACAAAAUCGAAGAAAGCAGACGAGGUCAGAUCGUUGACAACGAUGGCUGGCAGCAGACUCGCAAGAAUAGCGCCAGGCGACACAAGAACGAUGGCCGAACACAGUAUUCGAAGUCCGGUGACAACCGUAUGGAGGCUUCACAGCCAAACAGGGGAGGUUAUCAAGAUGCUCGUGGGUACUCGCGCAAUGACGCUCAACGCUACGGUUACAGAGGCCGUGGUGUGCGCGGUGACGCUCGACGACAGACCACGGUCUUCUACCCCUCUAACAGAGGCACUAGCAGACAAAACAGAGGACAGAAUGUAUCAGGAGGGAGGUCGUUUAACGAAAGGGAUUUUCUUUCCAAAGACCGUUCGAUGGAAAAAGGUCAGGUUCGUGCAACAAAAACGAACGUUUCUCCGAAACCUGAUUCACCACCUGUCGUAUAUUCGAAGGAAGUGGUUGCUUGGGACAAGACAGCGUGUAGACAAGAGGUACAAAAUACACCCACUAUCACUGCUGCUGCAACCAUUAUCAGAAGACCAGACCUAACUCCACCUCCACCGCCAUCAAGCGGGACGUAUUCUUACAGGGAUGUGCUGGCUAAAGGACUCAAAUCUCCAAUAACAUCGGCUGGUAACUCUUCAGGAGUACGAAACACGGGGAUAGUGUAUUCCGUCUCCCCCCUGCCUUGUCGAAUUGGAAAAGAUACCAACGAGUCCACAAUGAGCGCAAAAGAAAGUGAAACCGCGAAAGAAAAUCAAACUUCAUAUUCGCCUCAUGACUCUUUUCCGAAUGAAACAGAGAGCAAUUUUGAACACGUAGGCACGAAUGAACUCGAAAAUGCGGAGGACAGAAAUCGUGAUCAUAAUUCAAAGCACUACUACGGUGACGAUCUUUACCUUGCGAGCAUUACUGAAGAAUGUGGGACUGGUUCGAAAUCAUUUAAUGAAUCAUUCGUUGAGACCGAAGUUGCUACUAAGUUUGCUACGCACGAAAAAGACAUCCAAAAUAUGGAUGUCUUUUUCGGUGAUAGGAGCAAAAACUACUCGAGCGAGAAGACACCUGUGAACGAGCCUAGUAUAUCACCAACGCAUCAAGAAUACCCCAGGGAGAAAAAAUCUGAAAAAGAACUUGAACCAAACACUGCCAGCUCGCAUGAAUUAUUUCAAACGUUGCCAGGUGAUUUGAGGGGGCAAUCGAGUCGUAAAGAAGCGGCUGUAAUUACGGCAAGAGUUGAUGUAAUGUGCGUCAGAUCUGCCGGUACGUCUGAGAAACCAAGUGACUCUGAAUUUUCGGUGCAGGAUUGGAACGGAAAAAAUCAGUUCAAUGAUGCAACACAUGCAUGGGCUAUCGGCGGUAAGUCAACUGAUGAAGUGAACAACAAUUCAAUCCAUCUUAAUUUGAUGAAAAAAUCUGGGGGUGACGAAUCGCCUUCAGUACACAUCAAAUUUAAGGCCAAUGCCGAAAUCACGGAUGACGUCACAAAUGUUCGUGAAGACAUAAUGAAGAUGUGUCCUCCGCAAGAUAGCCCUCAGCUUCUGUGCUCGGAAACGGACAACGGCCUCACUGUCAGGGCUGAAACUUCAGCUCCACCGCCCACGCCAACCAGAUCGGCAGGUCUAGAAGUAGACAGCUUGCAGGAAGGACUGUCUCGCCAGUCGUAUAACGUGAUUGCCUCUGUGGCAAAAGAGCUGGAAAGCCAUGCUAUGAAGUGGCAGGAAACUGGCGCGAUAGAAAGUGAAACUCUCUCUGCAUUCUCUACAGUUGCCACUAGCAGGCAUAACGUCUCAAAUGACUACUUGAUGGAAGGAAAUGUCGAUACGGGAACAUCCUCAGAUUACGUGAAGUUUGAAUCUCCUCAAGGAAAAAAAAUUGUGCAACCGAAUGACCUCUCGCAAGAGCGCUACAGUUCUGAUCGGUACAGUAGCGAGCGUAGUGUAAAAUCGACAACCGAGAACGUGACGGAAAUAGAGACGGCCAAAAUUGAAACGCAAGAGGAGAGCCCAACAGUAGGUUCUUUCGAGCACAAACCUGUCUUCCAUCAUGAUCCGAAUAACCAAGAAGAAGUUACUGCAUUUGAAGUUCAGCCUGCGAGAAAUGCAAUUGUAUUUUUUCCAGACGAAUCACAGAGCUGGAUGGUUACAACAGGAGGCCAGGCAUUACCCCAAGCUUUACCUCAGCGAAGUGGGUUUGAGCUUCGCCGCAGAAAUGAAACGCCAGCGCGCUGUAUGCAAGAAUUCGCAAUACAGGAAAUGGCGCGCCAGAAUGAUAAAGAGACAAUCGCCUCGAAAGAAGAACCGAAAGCAAAUUUUGAGGAGCCACUUGGAACAGACUCGACCAUAAAACGAUCUGAAUCUGAGCCGAUGCCACCUUGGCCUGUUGUGAGCAGCUGCACGAGCUCAGUUACGUACUCGAGCGCAACAGAUUUGGUAGCCUCGCCACUUUCGGAAAAAGUUGGUCAUUCAGUGGUAUCAACAAGUGCUUCAGCAACAAACACUUCUGCCAUCUGGUCCGAACUUGGCCAGUCCACUGAGCCAAAUCCCACCAGCCUGGAUCGUGACCAGCCUGAAGCUUCCCUAAAAAUGAUUUUGGAAAACGAGGCAACCACUAUCCUCAAAACGACAAACUCUUACUGCACCAGAGGCGACCAUCAAUCAGAAACCGUGCCUUCAGCCAAUUCCAACGAAUCGAUGGUUGCCGCAGCCUCAACUCCUUUCAUGUCCUCAAUUGUACCCACAGUACCGGAAAUGACUAUGAUUACAGAAAGUACACAAGCUAUUUUGGUACAGAAUGAUCUUUCAGAAAGUCGAAAUAUACCUUUAAAAAUGAAAAUUGAGUCAUCUAGAACUUCCAAUUUGGCUGAACUGGACUCCUCAAAGCCUGCUCAGAUCUGUGUGCCUGUCGUUCAACCUUCCGUUGAGUCGCGCCAAAAUCACAAUUCAUUUGUGAUGCCGACUAAUGCUGCGCACACUCCUCCUACAAAGAUAAACGCGCCGGCGUUUGUUAAAAUGGACGCAACUGCUCUUUCGAAGGUGCCGCCACCAGUCAAUCUUCCACUGCAGCUACCUAACUACGUUCAGUCUCAUCCUCCCCCAACCGCUCUUCAGUACCCACAUCCCUAUGAUCCUCGUUGGUCUAGGAACUACCCUCUAGAAAUGAAUCAAACCGAAUGGCUAAAUAUUAACAGAUAUCCAAAUCCAGAUAGAGAUUUCAGUCGUCCUCCCCCUCCUCUGCCUCCCAUGCACCCUGUUCCUCAAAGCAUGAAUUUUUUCAACUAUCCUUCGCCCAUGCAAGCUCAUAAAGAUAACCUGUUCCCCAAUUACAAUUACCCAACUUCGCCUUUCCAAGCAGCUGGUUAUAGACUUCAACCUCUACCGGCAUUCGUGCAACGUCCACCCCCGCCCUUGCCAUCUGAAUUUAAUUCUGGACUGUACAAUAGAACUUUGGAAACUCGUAACUCCUUGCCGCAUCGUUUUUCUGCAGAUUUCAGGGGUCAAAAUCAGUUGGUCAUGUCCCAAAAGCCGUAUGAGGGUAACCACGGACGCUUCUCGUCGCCAUUAAAUCAGAACUAUCGCGACGACUCAAAUUACAAUAAUCCUCCGAACUACCGAGCAUCGACGGGUGUAGCAAAUCAAUCCGAACAUCGCAUGCCGUCGCAGCGCAAUAUGAAUCGUUCUAAUCAGCCUCAGGACACAACGCUGGGUGAUUUUCUCCCCAGAAGCUUGGAUUCUUCCAAACCAGAGAAGAUCACUAAUGAAGUGGGGCUCCAGUUUCCGUGGAAAAAGACUAACGAAAGGAAAAAUUACGGCUAUGGCAGAAAGAAUUACAAGGUUGACCACAAGGAGGAAAAUUAUACUCAUUUGAUGAAUCAAGAGAUGAUAAAGGAUCAAGAUCGAUGCGGAGAUUCACGUAGAAAAAAUGUUGUGAAAGGAACCUGUAAUCUCCAUGAAGAGCUACCCGGUAAAAAUAAACAAGCAAUACACGAAGUUAAAAAUGUACUGGGUCUCAACGAGGCGGAAAAGCUCGAAGUGGACAGGGAAUUGUACGGUGGUGUUCCUCGUGGUUAUCACGAUAGGUACAGUUUCUCCAUGCAACACCAACAGAAUGAUGACGUCUUGAUGAAUCACAUGAUGCCGAGUAUGAUGCCUCCCGUAGAACUUAACACAAGCCCAAUGGUUAAUGCCUAUGGCGACAUUGAUGGAAAGGAACACGCGGUAGAGAGGCUAGUUUCAGGUACACUAGUUUCUGAUUAUUCUAACUCAGAUAGGAUGACAUGUGACGAGUCUCAGCUGAGCCACGUUAGUGCCUUGGCGUGUGAUAACAUUCAAGAUUUUUGCACUGGGGGCUGGAAGUACUACAAUGACGCCAUAUCCUCGCCUUCUGGAUUACGCAUUCAUCAGAGCACCUAUGUGCCUUACGUGAAUCCAUGCGGCCCCGUCCCGCCUGCUUAUCUCUCGACGGAUGUAAGGGCCAGGGUCCAGUGGCUAGGCUUCCCUAAAGCCCAUGAGGCGUACUCGGCCAGGAUCAAUUCGCAACGUUCGCUGCGUAUGGACGUCACCGUGGUUUGCAGUAAAGGCAGUGCCGUUUGCUGCAACAGUGAAAUUCUAGGGAAUUGCAGCAACUACUUCUAUGAACGGCUCGUUGGACGCAGUGAGGAGUACAUCACUAUCUUCGUGAACAUUCCAUCAAAGAUUAUGAAACACUUUCUGCAAAUGAUGUCAUGCGGAGAGGCAUUCGUACCAAUGAAUGAUGUCAACGACGUCAUUUUGAGAGCACCUGUUUAUCUGAAUUUGAACCUGUAAACUUCUUAUUUUUGACAUGAUAACCUUCAGUUUGGGUUCAUAUGAAACAAGGAGUAAACUAAGCAAUAAUUCAAGAAGAGAACCUUAUUUAUCUUUCUUCCUCCCUAUUAACCUGUCUAACAAUACUUAAAUUAUCAAGUAUUUAAAGGUUAAAAAAGAAAAGUAUUUAGUGCAAUAGAAGGCGUUCGGGCUCGGAAGCUCUGAGUCGGUGCAUUUCAUCGAGGUUUAGUUCACAUAAAUAACGAUGAAAUUUAGUAAGAAAUUGCUCUUUGUAUUAAUUCUUCCUUGCCUUGCUUCUUCAUGACCUUGAGUGUUUUCGUUCGAUUUGUAUGUUCGUAGAUUAGAGUUUGAAGUUCUGCUUUUGUGAAUACGCUACGUUAAAACUCAAAUCUUAGAAGUUGUUGACUCUCUUUAGCUCAUAUCUUGAUGAGUGGCUUUGAGCGAAUUUCAAGGUUAGCUAAUACGUGUCUAUGUACUGUAAACCAGUAUUAGGAAAGUCAUCAUCAAUAAAGCUUGGAGAGUGAAUCAA